CCUGUUCGGGCUGUUUGGGCACAAUGUUUUGCAAUAAUAAAAAUUCCACUGUCAGGGUUAAAAUUUACUCAUUGGCCUGGCCAAGGUAUCUGGAUCUGCUAUGGAGCAGCACCGGCUGGUAGUUCCUUGUUGAAUUGACACUGAUGAGUCAUUUAUGUCGCCGUAAUAACAGAUGUUCACCGAUGGUAUCUAUCAAUAUAUGUAUAUUCUGCAAUACAACGAGACCCAGUCGAAUGUCACGACUCAUUGAUGAGAGACGUCGAUUGUUAUUCCCCGAUAAAGAUAAUAUGCUUUGACUCAUUCUUUGAAAAAAUGUGUCGGUGGUGAAGAGAAAUUGUGAGGACUAGCUUGGGUGUUGAAUCGAUAUAUUCGGGAAUAAUGUUUUACAUUGAGUGUCAGCUGAGUUCAAAUACAUGUUAGGAAGUUUUUCAUUGUAAUGGCUAGACAGAGUCCGGGUAAAGUGACGUUGGGGAUGAUGAAAGGUAAAUCAAUUACCACGUCAGUCCCAGUCAUUCGUUACCAUGCAAGUGACGACGAACUAGAGGAACUCUAUCCUAGUACAGACGAUGAGAAACCAGCAUCAGAGAAGACAACGCCAAAUUCGAGCCCUUUCAAAACAGCAAAAUUUAAGUCUGACAGUAACUCAGAGAGCAACGAAGAUAUCUUAGAUAUACGUUCAUCUAGUCUUGAUUUUUCUGAGGGCACACCACCGUCAGACCCCUGGAAAAUGUUGGCAGAUAUCAGAGGGAAGAUAACAAAGACCUUCGAGGAGAAACUGUCGGAGAUAAAAAGUGAAAAGAAGGAUAAAUUGAAGAGGAGAAGCCGAGAAAACUCGAGUGUCAGUGACACAGAGGAUUUGGGGGAUAUUACACCCACUGAGGACCCAGUUUUCGAUAAACCAGAGAAGGAAUCCUCACCCUGUUUGAAGAGGCGAAGUCACUCCUCCAGAUUCAGAUUCUCCUCAAUAAAAACCGGAUUAAAAACAAAUAACAUGGAGGACAGUGUGGAAAGUGGAGUUGAGGCAGCUGAAGUUGAAGAAGUUGAGACAAUGACCUUCUCCGAGACAUCAAAUGAGCAGAGCACAGAGGUAUCCACAACAAAAGCAAUAAAUAUGAUCCGCCAACUUAUGUGCACAGCGAAACCACAGACUGAAAGUGUUAAGAAGCCAAAACUAAUUUUCAAUGAAUUAAAGACAAGUAUAAUCCAUUGUGCAGUUCUAUUACCACUUAUCCUCUUAACUUUUUAUAUGAUCCCAUUACCUCAAUACAUAAUGGGACUGCUAGCUGGUAUUCUCAUUGCUGUAUCAGUCGAGAGGACACUAUCUAGAAUAGUGAAGGUUUUGAAGAUGCCAAUAGUGGAAACUCCACAGGUUGACUCAUCAAUUUCCGUGUUGGAGAUUCAAGCAGUUAAGGAGCACGCUGUAGUUGAAAAGUUUGAGGGGUGGUUGAAUGAAUUACCACGUGAUUAUGAUCCUCAGAAUUAUCACGUGGCGAGGACAAACGCAGUUUACUUCAAGUUGGAGGGAGAGACUUUGAGGAUCAUGGAGACGAGGACGAGGGUGCCUAAAAGGGCUGUGUGGAAUGAGACUCAGCUCACAGCUAGGUAUACCAGGAAGAGGGUUUAUUCACUGGUAGGAGCUAGUAUUGAAUUGCUCCCUGAGGGACUCACCAGAAGACGACGAUGGAGCAAGAAAUAUCCAAUUUGUAUAACUUUUGCACCUGAGGGGAUCGGCGAUAGUGUCGUCAUAGAGACACCGUCAGAUGACGAGCUCCAAGAGUCUGAGAAGGAGAGCCACAAAAUCAUUGUCGAGGAGGACGAAACUGACGAUGAUGUCUCUCUAUCAAAGGACCUGAAGGAGGUAUUCGAGGACUGCCAGGAUGAGGAGGACGACACAACGUUUAAAGUAUUCGUAUUUGGGAGGACUGAUAGACAGAAGGAAGACUGGUACAGGCGACUGGUGUCGGCGGCCAAGGCAGUUGACAAGCGGAACUCAAUACCGUCCACCAAGGAGUUGACGAUAUCAUCAAGCUCUUCGUCAUUAUCGCAAAGCAAUGGAGAUGGAAAAAACUUGACUCUGAGUAAUAUCGAUACUCCACCAGAAUUGACUUACAAUUCAUACAUGUCCAAAUAUACUGAUAUCCAAUCAAUUCCAACGGAUUCCAAUAUAACACCUGCGGACAACGAUAUUUUAUGGCUCAACGCCCUCUUCGGUCGUCUUUUAUUCGAUAUGCACAAGUGUCCCGACAUGAUAAAUGUCAUCCAGGACAAAAUUCAGCGGAAGCUGUCCAACAUCAAGCUGCCAUAUUUCAUGGAGAGUUUAAUGAUAUCAGAAUUGGUGAUUGGCCAGAGCGCACCUUUCAUCCACAAAGCCAGUAAACCAACAGUCGACCAACGUGGUUUAUGGAUUGAUCUAGACAUUUCGUAUGAUUGCGGUGUAACAAUGACGGUGGAAACCAAGAUCAAUCUGAUGAAGCUUACGAAGGCGGGCUCUGUGUCCAAUAAUUCAAAUGAUAGUGGAAUAAGUGAUAAACCACAACCUGCUAGAUCUCCAAUGUUCGAUAGUGAUGUAGAGGACAGUCCAGAAACGUCCACUGAAGACGAAGAGAGUAUUCACAUGCCAGCUACUUCGUCCAGGGAGUCAACACCAACACAAUCGUCCAGUCGAAAGUUUCUGAGCAUGGUUGACAAAUUGGCAGCAAACAAAUACUUUCAGCAUGCUGCAGAGUUGUCAUACGUUCGCCGAGCCAUGGAGGGUGUUUCCAAUACUGAGAUCCGGUUGAUGGUCAGUGUGUCCAGCAUUGAAGGCUGUUUAUCCAUUAACAUUCCACCUCCGCCGUCCGAUCGCCUGUGGUACGGAUUCAAACCAAUUCCAAAAAUUAAUUUGGAUGCAAGACCAGCGGUUGGAGAGCGCGCUGUCAAUAUUGGAUACGUAACUAAUUGGAUAAAAACGAAAUUACUCAAGGAAUUUGAUAAAGUCGUUGUAUUGCCGAAUAUGGACGACCUUGUGAUACCGUUAUGCCCGAAUUUUCCAAACCUCCGUUAAUUGAACUACUGAGUAAUUACGGGAGUGAAGGACAGGUGGAAAAUUAUAUAACAAACGUAUUCGGCGGUUGUGUGCGACUUUUUUUUAUCAAUAAACCUUGUGACUAAGGAGAUUUGGAGCAUUCCAGGUGACGUUAUCCAGUUUCGAUAUUUUUACCAUGAUAUUUUGCUUCAAAAACUAUUACUACUCAUUUUUAUGGCUAUCUGCCGUCGUCACUGAAAAUGUUUCAUUCAACAGUGGGAUGUUUAUUGAAACAUAAAUGAUAUGAAAAAAGGACCGGCCACUGGAAUGUCUUAUGAAUUACAUUAUAAACGAGUGAGAUUUCGACUUAUCUCACCACUUCACCACUAAAUUGAACUCAACGUUCGUUGAUAGCUAAAAAAACCGCGUAUGCUUUGUCACAGUAGAAUUUAUGAUGUGUUUACCAAAUGCUUGAAGAGUUACAAAAUUCUGGAGUUGAGUGGAAUGGAAUAUAUUUUACGAGCUUUUCAAUGCAAGAAUAAGUAAUUGUGCGAAUGAAAAAAUUGAGCGAAUAAAACACUCAAUUAUGUGGA